AUGGGAGUGGAUGGAUACAUUGACCUAGGUCAUGGACACUCAAUGUAUUACCAGGUUACCGGCAAUACCACCGAGUCGGGCGUCCCACUGGUAAUAGUUCAUGGAGGUCCCGGGGGAUCAAGCAACCUGAGCUGGGGUGACUUCUUUAAUCAUUCUGUUUUCAAACUGGUUUACUUCGACCAAAGAGGAUGUGGUAAAAGCACCCCAUUCGGUACUACAGAGAACAAUACUCUAGACCUGUUAAUUGAGGACAUGGAAAAGCUCCGCGAGCACUUGAAGAUUGAGAAAUGGUGUUUGUUUGGCGGUAGCUGGGGUACCACAUUAUCCUUGUCUUAUGGCACCAGACAUCCAGAUCGUUGCAUGGGUUUCUUACUAAGAGGUAUAUUCUUGGCUCGUGAGAAUGAUAUGAAGUUUUUCUUGUGGGAUAGUCAGAUGCUAUAUCGCGAGAGCCAUAAUUAUUUGCUGGACGUUAUAGAAGAAUGCUGUGGUAAUAGGCCUUCUAGUUAUGAGCAGAUGCUGGAAUAUUGUGGUUGCUGUCUGCAUGGCAAGGACGAUAAGGCUAAGGUGCGAUUAGCUACCACAUGGAGCGAGUAUGAAACAGUAAUUUCGGCCGUUAGCCCAAUCCCUGAAGAUCCUCUUACUGAGGAUCAAAAAAAACAGCUGGUUUCUAUCGGUAUCCUUGAGCACUAUUACAUGACUACCCAACUUCCUCCUAAGCCUGAUUUGCUUACCCAAAUAUCAGGCUCUCCCAUCAAAAACCUACCUUGCUGGAUCGUCCACGGUAGACUUGACCUCGUCUGUCCAGCGACACAGGCUACCGAGCUACAUGGAAUCUGGCCGGGAAGCAAACUGGCUAUAAAUGACGCAUCAGGUCACUGGACGUUCGAGAAGGCUAACAAGGAAAAGCUAUUUGAAUUUGCUAGCGAUAUGGAACAAACGUUUGGUAAGAAAACAAGUGAUCAAACCACUUGA